AUGGCCGAAACUGAUGAUUCGUCUGAUGAGAGGUCCAUGAUGGCUAGAUAUCGAAAUUAUGAGCAUGCCUAUAGCAUUGAGCCGAACAUAAAAGCUAUUGAAAGUGCUCAGAAACGCUUCUCGCAACUUCUUUCUGGUCACUUCGCUUAUGGUGAGGAUUUACGAAACCUCUCGCAAGAAAUACAGGAGCAUUACCUUGCAAACCGCCAGACAGCGGGUGACUACGAGAACAAAAUGUCAGCAAUGUACGAACUUGGUCACAUUAUCAGAAAACACAGGAGGUGGAAAUUCAAACUAUUUCCUUCCGGUUCGACCAUGACUGGUUUGGCUUCAAAAGGAAGCGAUCUUGACCUUACAGUAUGGAUUCCCCAUGCACGGAAAUACUAUGCAAAUGAGUCUGAGGCCGCUUUCGAUAUCCUCAGAAAUAUUCGACAUUUCCUGUUCACUGAUAAUGAGAUCAAUUAUAAGUUGGAAUCUGUUCUGUAUGUCGAGGCAAAGGUACCCGUACUGAAAAUUAAGUGGAAGAAAGGACUAGAAACUGAUCUCAGUUGUUCAACAGAAAUGUUCGUCUCAGGAAUUCAAAAUAGCUACCUCAUACGUGGAUUCGCGCUAUGGGACAAAAGAUUUGCCCCACUAUGCAUGUUGGUGAAGGACUGGGCUAGUCGCUGUGAUGUAAAGAAUCCAAAGCACGGCGGAUUCAACAGGGACGGCCGUGAUGGAUCGCAAAAAGUGAGUGAUGCUAUAGCUGUCUUUAUUCGGGAUCCCAUUGAUGAUCACAACCCAGGCAGAACUGUUCGAGAUGUAGAGUAUCUGCAGCAUAUAAUGAGUAGGUUCUGGGCUACCAAUAUGCUCCUUUAUCCUAUAAACCGAUCAAGUGACACUUUCCCAAUCCUUCUUCUGUUCUGUACGGUUGUACAUCUGCAAGCACGUAGCAAUCGUUCUCGAUUGAGAAGUCUACUAUACCGUAUAGAUAAACUGAUGUCACCACUGAAACGUCAAGCCCGUGCUGCAACAACAUUCAGAGCGCCAUUAAAUGGAAAAUGUGGCCUCAGCGAGGAAGUGAGAGUGUGCCGACCGAAGUGCGAACCAACAUGUGGCGAUCGUAAUCCGACGUGCUCAGCCACAUGUGGUGAAGCAGUCUGCAUGUGUCAGCGAGGUUCUGUUCGACAGUCUGGAAUGUGUAUCCCGGUCUCAGCCUGUCGAUUUUUCGAUUUCGAAGUGGAAACAAAAACCAAUGUGAAUAAGUUGCCAACAAAACCACAAACCGUCAGAGCGCCAUUGGCAAAGGCAGUGAGCCCAAAAGCUGUCACUUCAGCAACGGCCACAGUCCUACAUCACCCUCCAACAAGUGAUUCUGAGGAUUUUCAGCUCAAGCACAACACGGUCGACAUCUCUAUAAAGGAUGAUGCUGUUGGCAUUCGUUGUCAAAGCGAUGCAUUACGAGAACUACGAAAACCGGACGGAUGGCGUCCGAUAACAAACGCUGCAGUAACGAGUCCGGGAGCACAAACACAAUGGGUUGACCUUUCAAGAAGACGUGGACCAAUCGGCCCAGUUGGACCAACUACCAACCGUGUUCCUCCAAAGAACAUCAGAGUACCGAUCCCUCCCAGCAGAUCACCGAAUCGUUCUCCACCUUCGAUUGUGCCAAACAGGCCGUUGAACAGGUCACCUUCUCCAACCCUUCCGAAAAAGACUCCUUCCAGCAUGAACGCCGGACCGGUGCCCCCAACGACUCUUCCGCCCAAACCUAGGUAUCAUAUACCCAGACCUCCUUCAGCGGUACCACCAAAUUUUGGACCUCCAGGAGUGUCACCGCACUUCAUGUUCAGGCAACAAAGAGUCAAACGUAACGCUUUACUCCGACGGAGACAGCGCCUGCGAAGGUCUCGUGCUAUUUAA